GUCAACUACUAUACAACUAGAAUCCUCCCUAUUCAAGGUCAAGGUGCCACUCCAAUACCGACGCAACCCCUCUCCACUUCCCCAUAGCCGCUAUCCCAGCUUCCAGAUCCAGAAUAGCAAGGCCAGGAAACGAGCCGCCGCCAAGUCUAAUACCCCGUCUUAAUUGAGGAGCUUACUAGGUUACUACUGUACAUACGUGGUAUAUACCGUCGUUGCGGAAAAGGGAAGCUCUUGCGUGCUUGCUGGUGAUUGGUCAAUUUGUGUUAUCAGAACGUAGUUGGAGUGGAGGGGUAGCUUGGUUGCUAGUCAGUUAGCUGCAUAUAGUUAUCUGUGUUUCUGGGCGGCCUGUCGGAGCGGAGGCUAGCGAUGGUGAUAUCGACGGGGACGAUGAUGUCGGUGGCGAAAGAGGAGUUGGUACCUGGUAACUGCCGGCAUCGCUGUGUGGUGUAGAUACCUACUGACUAGAUUGUUCGCAAGAGUUGGGGGGUAUUUGUUACAAGUGCAAUAUAUAUUACGGAUAAUUGAUGGUUCUACCUAAAAAGAGAGUUUCAUCCACGGCUCUAUAUACUGCCUCUGGGUAUACGAUCGCUAUUAUGAAACUCACCUUCUCCGCGGUGGUUGCUGCUGCGACUCUCGGCGCGGCAGCACCAUUCACCUCGAGUAAUCCAGCCAACGUGCUCCUGAGGCCUAGAGCGGAGGAGCCACCGUCUACGUUGACAUGUCUAGCGUCGAGCUGGCCUCCGAACACGAUAGGCGGGCCAAACUUACCGCAGUCGCCGUCAGCAGAUCUCGAGUCCAUACUCGCGCAAGUCGAUCCGGCCAACAUCGAAGCUACAAUCCGGAAGUUGGUAUCGUUUGGCACGCGGCACACGUUAUCGAUCCAAAACUCGACGACGCGAGGAAUAGGAGCGGCGCGUGACUGGAUCCAUGCCGAAUUCCAGAAGUACGCCGACGGCAGCGAUGGGAAGCUGACUGUCGAGACAAUAGGGUACGUACAGGAGACAGAUGCCAAUCGCAUUUUGUUCCCGGUGCGUAUCAGCGACGUCGUUGCGACUCUACAUGGUACUGAGGAUAACCGGCUAUACGUUGUGUCCGGGCACUACGAUUCGAGGGUCUCGGAUCCGCUGAAUUAUGAGAGCGACGCCCCUGGAGCCGACGAUGACGCUUCCGGGGUCGCUAUCUCGCUUGAGCUCGCGCGGAUCGUAUCGCAGCCCCAGUACCCUCGCCCGAAGGCGAGUAUCGCGUUUGUAGCCGUCGCGGGUGAAGAACAGGGGCUUUACGGGGCGAAGUUCCUAGCUCAGACAUACGCCAAUGCUACGCCGAGGGUUAAUGUCGAAGGCAUGUUCACGAACGACAUCGUGGGGUCGCCGAAGGGCGGGACGAAUGGGGAAUCCGUAGACCCGUACGUGAUACGGCUGUUUGCGCAAGGGCUGCCUGGCCUCGCUAUCGAGAACAGCACGACGCGGGAGACGCGCCUCACGAUCGGCGGGGAGAACGACUCGCCGGCACGCCAACUAGCGCGCUUCGUUAAGGAGACAGCCGAAAAUACGGCCACAGGGAUGAACGUCUCCGUCGUCUACCGCCUUGACCGCUACCUGCGCGGCGGCGACCACCGACCCUUCCUCGAGGCCGGAUACCCGGCUGCCCGGUUCACGGAGCCGCAUGAGGAUUACGCGCACCAGCAUCAAGAUGUGCGUGUUGACGCUGAUGGGAAGCAGUUUGGAGACCUACCUGAGUUCGUCGACUUCGAGUAUGUGGCGCGUGUUGCGCGCGUCAACGGCGCUGCGCUGUGGAGUCUUGCGACGGCGCCUGGGAUACCUCAGAAUGUGCGCGUUGAUACGUCGGCUCUGAGUACUAGUACCACGCUCUAUUGGGAUCCGCCUGCUACUGGACACGAUGGUAGUUAUGAGGUUGUAUGGCGUCCUACGAGCGCCCCCUUUUGGACGGGCGUGCUCGAUGUUGGCUCUGCUAUUGAAGCUACAUUAGCACUAAGUAAAGAUGAUGUUGUGUUUGGAAUCCGGGCUAAAGGUGCAGACGGGUUGCGAGGUGUUGCUGUGUUGCCCUUCCCCGGGAGCCGGUAAAUGAGAGGACGAUGAGUUGUUACACAUACUGAGACAACUUUUCUGUCAGUAUAUAUGUAUGAACAUAUACUUACUGAGAUAAAUAUGUGUAGGCCGUCAAAAAUAGAAGUAUUGAUUGCCAGACUUCUCCUAACGUGGUGUGUUCUGCAGCGUAAUGGCAACAUUCGAAUCAGCAUGAGAAGUCGAGAAUAGACAAAAUGAGGUGUAUCGUAUGUCAGUGAGCAGAGCAGUUGCACAUAUUUCAUAGGUCGUCAAAAGAGAGUGAAUCCAACGAUUUCCUGUGUUCUCGGAGAAUGACUGAAACGGUGUUGAAUCGCUGUUGUGAAAUGAGAUCGUCAUCUCACUCAAAGUCUCCGAUAAGUGAGGUCCCUCAAUUUCUUAAGCAGUACGGAUUAUUACAUCGCACAUCCCACCUUUUGAAAUCGAGAACUGGCCCAAUUUAAUAGGCACAGUAGAUUCGCUUAGAAUAGUAAGUAGAGUUUGAUACUUCUAUCACAAUUUGAGUUUCGUAUUGUUGAAU